AUAUAUUCGGACCUCGGAUAGUAGUUAUUAUAUUGAACCUGCUGAAGUAUUUCACAACGGAUCCACAGGAAGCUUGAUACACAGAAUGAAGAGAGUACCUCUUCCUACGAAAGAUUUCAACGAUAUCAACUCGAUGGAGUUUUACGAGAAUUCUGAAAAUUUGACAAUCAUCGAAGACGAUUUCUACCAAGAAACUGCACACAUUCCCAAAGAACACCUAAUUCAAAAACGAGAGAUACCGCUCAACCCAUGGUCACAAGAUAUUGAAGGAACGUGCGAUGUAGUAGAAGAAAAAUAUUGGAAAAAACCCGAGUAUACUCGGAAAACUCGAAAUGCUGAAUGGACUUCCAAAUUCAGGAUGAGUAACGAAUCCUUCGUGAAGGUCCUGGUGGUGGCAGAUGAAAGUAUGGUCAAGUAUCAUCUAAAUGACGAUGAAUUGACGCAUUACAUUCUGAUUUUGAUGUCUCAUGUGUCAUUUUUAUUCAAAGAUGAAACUAUAGGAAAUGCAAUUUCAGUAUCUGUGGUCCAAAUCAUGGUACUGAGAAAUGUUAAUUUUUCCAAUACGUACUCCUCAGGUAUGUUACUGAAGUUUUGCAAUUGGACGAAACAAAACAUUCGAGAUAAAUCCCAUAAUGUUGCUGUUUUAUUGACAAGGGAUACUAUCUGCCGAAAUGAGUCAGUCCCACCGCAGCGGUGUACGACUUUAGGUGUAGCUGAAGUCGGUUCGAUGUGCCAAUCGGGAUGUGCCAUUGUUAGAGAUAAAGGACUUGCUUCUUCUUAUACGAUAGCCCACGAAAUAGGCCACAUUUUGAGCAUGCCCCACGAUGAAGAUGGAAAAUGCCAGCAGCUGAACAAAGACAUAAGUAUUAGUAAUAUUAUGAGUAAGGUGAUUGAAAAAGACACAAAACCUUUUACAUGGUCACCAUGUUCCAGAUAUUUUAUUACAGAAUUUUUGGAUUCCAACCGAGCUAGCUGCCUCCAAAAACCACCGACUAAUAAUUACAUAACCUAUACGUAUACCGAAAUAUUACCAGGGGACAAAUUUGAUUUGAAUGCUCAGUGUGAGUUGGAGUUCGGGCCUGGACGUAAAGUUUGCCUCGCGGGAAAACCCUGCGAGCAUCUGUAUUGUUCUACUGAUAACUCGGAAUAUCCAUGUAUUUCAACUUUUUCUCCAUGGGCGGAUGGUACCAAAUGCGGGGAGGGAAGAGUAUGCUUCAAUGGAGAAUGCACAUUUGAACAAGAAUACAAACCUAUUGAUGGAGGAUGGGGUCCUUGGCAAGAAUUUGGCCCUUGCAGUAGAACGUGUGGUGGAGGUAUCAAGAAGUCUCAUCGGUAUUGCACUUCCCCUAAACCAGUCAAUGGAGGUUCCUAUUGCAUUGGUGAAAACGAACGAUACGAAUCUUGCAAUUCUAUGGACUGCGAUGCAAAUAGCUUGGAAUUUAGGGCAGUACAGUGCAGUGAUUUUGAUGGAAUUACCAAAGAUUUUCCCAACCUCAGCAAUGGCGUUCAGUGGUAUCCAGAAUAUAAUUUAGAAAGACCUGAAGAUUAUUGCAGGUUAUACUGUCUCCCAAACAAUGUUAAACCCAGUUACCGGCUGAAGGAUAAAGUACUCGACGGUACCAAGUGUGGUCCGUCGGGGUUUGGUAUUUGCGUUAACGGUAUUUGCAAGCCGGGUGGUUGUGACAAUAUACUCGAUUCAACAGUGGUUUUAGAUGACUGUGGCAUUUGCGGAGGAGACAAUAGCCGUUGCCAGGAAAUUAGUGGGACCUACAACAAACCCGCCGAUGUUUCUGGAUAUAACAGAGUCGUCAGGAUUCCAAAAGGUAGCUCCAAUCUGAACAUCACACAAAAUUCGUAUCCAUAUAUCGUCGAUGAGAAUUAUCUUGUUUUGAUUGAUGGCGAAACAGGGGAUCCCAUUUUGAAUGGAAAUUACAUGGCAAACACAGAUGGUUUAGAAGUGAAAUUUGGAAAUAUCAACCUCAAUUACAGCGGAGCCAGUUCAACAAUUGAAUGGAUAAUUAGCCCGAAAAAUAGAAAACUUCCGAAGGAUUUGGUUAUAAGUGUUCUGUCAGUAGGAAAAUUAUCCCCGCCUGACAUUCGUUACAGAUAUGUUAUAGAUAUCAAGGAAGCACCGAGGUAUCCAAGAUAUUACUUGAGUAACUACCGGGGAUAUGUAAGAAGAUACGGUUGGAGACUAUACCAAAAAGAAUGGUCAAAGUGCAACUCAAUAUGUGAAGGUAAACAAUAUAGGAAGCCAUCUUGUGUAGAACUCAUUACUGGGGAAGAAGUACCUAAGAGCUACUGUGACAACAUGGAAGAUAGUUUGACUCAAAAACAAGAAUGUAAUACUCAUUGUGAGUUAACAUGGAACAUAGCAUCGAAGAGUGCGUGUUCACCACAAUGUGGAAAAGGAAUCCGUCGUAUAUACUAUGACUGCAUGAAGGUGUACAAAAAGAAACCAAGCCACAGUGAAACCGUUAACGAGAAACACUGCACUGUAUUGUCUAAACCCCCUGUUUUAGAAACUUGCAACACCCUGUGCAAUUCCACAAGAUGGCAUUACUCGUCGUGGUCAGAGUGCAGUAAAACAUGCGGAAGUGGCAUACAGAGUAGAACUGCAAAAUGCGUUGAUGACAGAUAUACACCUAUGGACGAUUCUUAUUGUAACAAUAGCGAGAUGAUUACACAACAGAUAUGUAACACCGAAAAUUGCCCCAUAUGGACUGUAGCUGACACUUCACCUUGUUCUGCGCCUUGUGGAGGUGGCUACAAAAAUAUAUCGUACUACUGUGUUCUGGAUGGUCGAAUUUUCGAACAACAAGCAUGCGAUAUUAAUACAAAACCUCCAGAGAAGGAAAGUUGCAAUGAACAGGCAUGCGGAAGAUGGACCCCACUCAAUAUUUAUCAUUCUUGUUCUGUUACUUGUGGAGAAGGAGUUGAAAAAAGAAAAUUCAUUUGUACAAAAUUCAGUUCAAAGGAUAUUUUGGAUAGCAGUUAUUGCAGAGAUCAGCCAAUACCGAAUGAGAGCCGAGUAUGCUACAGACCCGAAUGUGAGGAAAGAAGAAUUAGAAUAAAAGAUGAUUACAACAAUAUAAUGUCUCCCGAAUCCUAUAAUAUGAAGUACAAAUGGAAAUGGGUUCCUGAUAACUGGUCUGCUUGUUCUCAAUCUUGUGGAACAGGAGGUAGAAGCAAACAACUUUUUCGAUGUAUUGAUGAUAUUGGAAAUCAAAACGACCUAAUGUGUGAUACUAAUCUUAGACCAAAUAAUGUGGUUCAGUGCAACAACAUUCCCUGUCCAAAAUGGAUAACCGGGGGCUGGAGUCCUAGCUGUGACUCAAACUGCGAAAAAUAUCGUCAAGUUCGCUGUAUUGGUCAUUCAGGUACAAUAUUGAAUGAUAAUGAUUGUGAUGAUUCCCUUAAACCCGAAAACAAUACAAAAUGUAAGCUCACAGAAUGUCCUUAUAUUUCGAACACCGUAAAUGGAAGAUAUUUCGAUUCUUCAGAAACAGGGGACAAACGUUAUAGAUGGAAAGUAGGGCCAUGGAAGAAGUGUUCCAACUCUUGUGGCAAAGGUACACGCAGACGCCACAUUGGGUGUGAGGACGCACUCAACGAAAUUAUGGUUGUUGAUUCAUUCUGCAGGAAUUUGAAAAGACCAAAGCAAACAAAACCAUGUGCAAAGUACGUCUGCAAGUAUGCCUGGAUAGAUAGUUACUGGUCGGAUUGUUCAGCAUCAUGUGGUAAUGGCCUGAAAACACGAAAUGUCACCUGUCACAGAGUACAUCAUGGUGGGGUAAUCGACCCCAUUCCUCUACCUGAUCUCUAUCAAAAUAAAAUUCACCAUCAGAACUAUUGUUCCGUUUACAAUAAGCCACCUGUUACUGCAAAAUGCUUACUGAGCUAUUGUGAUGACCAAUACAUCUGGCAACCAGGACCUUGGAGAGGGUGUUCUCAUAAAUGCGGAAAGAAGGGUAGACAGACUCGAGUUAUAAGCUGUGUCAACGUCAGAACAAAGCAGAAAGUUCAUCAAAACUUUUGCCGUAAGAAUUUGAAACCUCGUAGAAAGCGUAAAUGUAACCAAUGGAGAUGUCUUUACAAAAACUGCAAAGAACUGAAAUACUAUAUGAAAACAAAGAUCAAUAAGGAUUAUGUGAUAUCUGUGAAUGGACGACCUGUACAGAUCUAUUGCUAUAAAAUGGACACACCAGAACCACAGGAGUAUAUCACUUUACAUUCUGAUGGAUCGAAUUUUGCAGAAAUUUAUGACAAAAGAUUGAUAGACAUAAGAUCCUGCCCAUAUGAUGGUCAAAGGAGAGAUAAUUGUCACUGUGAUCAAAUCGGUCCAAGAUCUGGUUUCACAAAAUUUUGGAAAGUUAGACUCAACAUAACAUCGAUGCAAAUAAUAGGGAGUGACUUUACAUUUUCAAAACAACUGAAAGGUACACAUAUUCCGUUUGGAACAGCGGGGGAUUGCUAUAGCUCUAUUAAAGGUUGUGCUCAAGGAAAAUUUAGCAUAGAUUUGGCUUAUACUUCAUUUAAACUAUCAAGCAAGGUUCGGUGGGAAACACUGGGGUCUUAUGCCUCAACAGAAAUACAUAAAACGGAAACCUCAGCAUCUGGUAAAUGCGGAGGAUACUGUGGAAACUGUAUGCCCGAUCCAAAUGUAGGUUUGGCUGUAGAAAUAACUUAAAAUUUCACCGACCUAAAUCUGUGUUCAAAGAGGCAUGAGAUAAAUAAUCGAGUUGAAAACAUUGAAGGGUUGUAAACUGAGAAACUUUGUUGGGCUUCAAAUUCGUGAUUUCGAAAAAAGGAGAACUUGUAGAAAACAUCAAGUUUCUCAAGAAUUACAAUUUGAAAUAUUCAAUGAAUUAACUUCCGCACCGCAUAAGCUUUGAUGUCACACUUCUACAAUUAACUACUACUCUCUACCCCUAGUAGAGGUGCUAAUGUUAUCAUCCUUUUCUUUGUUUGAUCACUGCUGAAUAAGUGGAACUUACAGGUACUUCAUGACAAGUAUUUAUAUAUACCUAAAAAAUCCACGUUGGUUAGAUUUUCAAUUCUUACCCAAUAAUAAUCCAUGACAUUGGGUUGUCUUCAAAAAUAAAUGAAUCUCAAAUUUCAAAUUAUUUGAUUCAGGAUCUUCAAUAAUACAUCAAUAAGUAUUGCAUCCUUGAUAACCAAUGGCAAAGUUUAGAAAUUUAGUACAAUAAAUUGUUUAUAUUUCAUUUAGCAAUUACAAAACUUUGAAAAAAUAUCUCACAGACUUUGAGAGAAUUCAACCUGAUAUAUCCAUUAUGGAAAAUAAUUUCUAAUAUGUCCGACACCUCCUGUCACAUCAUUCUCAAGUUUAAGUUGAAAGGAAGAUUACAUAAAGCCCCUUCAUCCUCAUUUGCUACAAAUGGCAUUUCCUUGAACUCUCGUAGUUUUUUUUAUAACAAAUACUUGAGAGAUAUCAAGCAAGAAGACUUCAAUUGUAUUAUAAGAUAAAACUGCCCAGUAUUUUAGUAUUAAACUUUUGCAUAAAGUACUUCUUAAGUAGAUUUAAAAGAACUGCCAUACCACCAAAUUGUGGAAAUUUUAUUUUACAUGUGAUUGCUAAUCUUUAUACUUAGAUAAUGAGUUUGUUUAUGUCCUGCCAAAUAGUCUGCCGACUUAUUAUUACUAAUGUUUGUACUAGAAAAAAUAUGGACAGAGAAAAUAUGUUGAUAUAAUUACAAAUUUCAAGUCGUUUAAACAAAAUUGUGAUCUAGUGGGCACAAAAUUGAACUGCCAGCAAUAACAAAAAAUGGCCAUCUGAAAAUACAACACAAUAAUUUUCUCAUGAAAAAUUGGAAAAGAAUUUCAUCAUAAAUCAACUGUUGUUUAUGUGAAAUGUAGUAAAAUUUUAAAAAAUGUUGAUAAAAUUCUGAUGAAUGUGAGAAACAUUAAAUGAAUAAAACUUUUCGGCUGUUUAUGGUUGCGAUCAUAAACUUUCUCAGAGUACAAUUAGCUUACUCUGAACCUUUAAAUGUACCAUAGUAUUAUAAAACUCAUAAUCAUAUCAAAGUCAUAAUCAAAAGAAUCAAAGCUUUCAAAAAGAGUGAAGUUAUUGAUAUAUUACUAUGUACGAAAAUUUUACGUGAAUGUUUGGGCUUACUGAAGAAAAUACAGUAUCCUAUGGUCCAUAAGUUAGAAAAAUACCAACUACAUAAAAAUGACAAUUGACACCUUAAUUUGAUGUUUAUGUACAAAACUGUUUUGAACAGUCACUUCAAAUUUUGAAUGGUAAUGUGUUUACUCGUAUAAUCAACAGGCCAUACUUUGCAUCAUCAGCAGGAGUAAAUUUAUGAAUGCAACCUAUGUCUAUUUACUACAAUCACAUAAAAGUUGAAUGAAUAUGAUCAGUUUGACAGUAGUAACUUGAACUUCAACCUUCAUAAACACUCGUUUCUGUAACUGUUUUGAAAUACAUCAAGGAUUCACGAGAAAAUUUUUGUUUUGUUAACUCAUGUUUUCGAUGAGUAAUUUACAAAAAAGAAUACUUAUAAUGGCCAAAAAUUUUUGAAAUUGCGAACUCAUUUCUACUUACCUCAUAUUGAGGUGUUCUACAUAGGUUAUGUUUACUUUCUAAAUGUACAUUUUCAGUUCAAGUCGGAACAAUUUUCAAUCAAAUGUGUGUGUAUGUAUUUCUUAGUUUAAUAGCUUCAAAUAUUUUAAGACAAAUAUUACUGCCAAUACAUUUUUGUCUCGGCAUGGUUGACCAUUCAAGUGAGUCCAAGUGAACUAGUCCUAGAAACCGCACCGGAUUUUGUAUCAUUAUCCGUUUAUUUAUUUAUGCUACUGCCAGUGUUGUAUAUAUGUACUUGUAUUUAUUUUCUGUGUAUAUUUUCACUUUGCGGCCUCUGUUUACAUGUCCUGUUUUUGUAAUAAUUUUAAAGUUUUCCUCAAGACUGUUAAAAUACUCAAGAAUGUUAUAACUGAAAAGAGUUCAAUAAAUAUUAACCAAUGUGUAAUAUUUCUUGAAACAUAUAUCAUGAAUGUGGUAAUAUGCCGCUAAAAAUCAUUUUUCGAAAAAUGGUAAUUCUUCAACUUCUCUAUAUUUCACUAGACUUAGUUGAUCAAAUAAAUGUUUGCCACUA